AGACGGAGUGCUAGGGGUGCUAGCUACCGGCGGGCGGGCGGGCGGCCGGGAUGGCGUCGGGCUCCGGCGGCGGCGGGAGCGACUUCUCCGUGUUCGUGGUGGGCUCCGACUUCGCGACCGACGCCGGCGCCGCGCUCCUCGCACCCGCCGACCGCGAGGUGUGGCACGACUGCCUCCCCGACCUCGCCGAGGCGGACGCCUGCUUCUUCGACCUCGAGGAGCGCCAGGUCGUGCGUGUCCAGGGCACCGAUCGGGCCGGCCGAACCGUCGUCCGCAUCGUCGGCAAGUUCUUCCCGGCUUCAGUAGUUGAUGGUGAACGUCUGAAGAAGUAUGUGUUCUACAAACUCCGCACUGAAUUACCUGUGGGUCCAUUCUGCAUCUUGUACAUGCACAGUACUGUACAGUCUGAUGAUAACAACCCUGGGAUGUCAAUCUUGAGGACAAUUUAUGAGGAGCUUCCACCUGAAUACAAGGAAAGGCUUCAAGUUUUUUACUUCUUGCAUCCUGGGCUUCGCUCCAGGCUUACCAUCGCCACCCUUGGCAGGCUAUUUUUAAGUGGAGGGUUGUAUUGGAAAAUCAAGUACAUUAGUCGACUGGAGUAUCUCUGGGGGGACAUAAAAAAGGGAGAGGUUGAAAUUCCAGAGUUUGUUAUUGAACAUGAUAAGGUUCUUGAGCACCGGCCACUGACUGAUUAUGGCAUAGAACCAGAUCCCCUACAUCUUGCUGAUGUACCUGCUGUGGGAUACUCGCUUGGAAGAUACGAAGAUAAAUGGACUCCAGAAGAUCGUCGGUAUUCAAGGAACUACAUGUGAAUUUUUCUGCUGUAGCCAAAGGCUUAAAAGUUGAUUGUAUAGUAACACGGUACUAUGAGAUUGUAUGUCAGAUUGCUGUGAAAACCUUGUCAAGGUCCUGUAUUUCCAGCUUUGUGAUCCAAUUUAAUACCUAUUUUGUAUGUCAGAUUGCUGUGAAAACCUUGUCAAGGUCCUGUAUGUCAGAUUGCUGUGAAAACCUUGUCAAGGUCCUGUAUUUCCAGCUUUGUGAUCCAAUUUAAUACCUAUUUUGUAUGUCAGAUUGCUGUGAAAACCUUGUCAAGGUCCUGUAUUUCCAGCCUUGUGAUCCAACUUAAUACCUGUUUGAAGAUUAUUGAGCAGAC